UGGGCGGUGAGCAGUGCUAUCUCAGCCUCAGUAUCCGCGACUGGGAAGCGGGGAUUGUAUGUUCAUGAAGGGCCCCUGCGUGGAGUCUACGAAGAAUGAAGAUCGGAAGGAAGAAGCAAUGGUCACUGAGCGUCCAGCAGAGGUCCUGGAGGCCGGGAACUACUGGACCACAGAUUCGGACUCCGACCUGGAAACAGAAGGUACCCAUGGGCUUGGAGAACUGAUCAGGGAUACCCUGUACCUGGAGUCUUGCCAGGCCCAUAGUGUUGUGCCAGUUUCCUGUUUUCUGCGCCAAGCAAGUGCCUCCGAAUUGAACCUUCGCCACCGUGGUCUGGGGCCCCAGGGGGCCCAGGCUUUGGUUUCCACCUUGACCUCCAAUCCCUACAUCAAGCGUCUGGAUCUUCGGGACAAUGGGCUCUUUGGGACCGGGGCAGAGGCUCUGGCAGAUGUCCUGAGUAAGAACAGCAGUAUCUCUGAUGUGGACCUGUCAGAGAACAAGCUUGGAGUGGCAGGGUUCCAGGCCAUCUGUAGAGCCCUUGCCUUGAACCCAGCUGUGCAGAAGAUGCAACUGGCAGGGAAUGACCUGGAAGAACAGGCAGCCCAGCACCUUGCUGAUCUCCUGAUGGUUCACACAGGUCUGAAAUCCCUAGACCUCAGCUAUAACCAACUGAACGACCUGGCAGGAGAGACACUUGGACCAGCCCUGGCAGAAAACACAGGCCUCACAGAGCUUAACCUGAGCUGGAAUCACCUCCGAGGCCCAGGAGCUGUUGUACUUGCCAGGAGCCUAGAGGCAAAUAUAUUCCUAAAAAUUCUAGACAUCUCUUAUAAUGGCUUUGGAGACCCCGGAGCCUCCGCAGUGGGUGAGGCCCUUAAAGCCAACAAUGUGUUGGAGGAACUAAACAUGAGCAACAACCGAAUCUCCAGGGUAGGAGCCCUGAGGUUGGGGCUGGGCCUCCAGGUCAACCAGACACUGAAGAUUCUUAUUGUUUCCAGGAAUCCCAUUCGAAGUGAAGGCUGCUUUGGUCUCCUUAAAUCUGUCCGGAACAACACAUCGUCUGCCCUAGAACUGCUGGACUUUUCUGAUAUCCAAGUGAACAGAGAGUUCGAAGAACUCGCUAGCUCAGUGAAGGUCAUUCUUCCAGGACUUUGUAUAAAGACUGGUGCUUUCAAAAAUAAAGAGUGGCUGCCAGCCUUCAAGCCAUCCCCACCAGCAUCUGUCCCUAAAUGACUUUGGAUCUCUUCUCUAAAGCCAUUUCAACUUCUGUGUCACAUCGCUACCCAUUUGAAUUACAUGUCUGUCUUCCUUUCUGCUGUAUGGCACCUGCAAUAACCUGGAUUCACUCAUAUAACAGAAAACCCUACCAUGAAUGACACUGGAUGGACACAGGGUCAAAGAUGUCCCUGUCAUCAGUUGUUCAUGUUCAUAUGAGGUAUGCAAGUGGCAUUCCCAGACUCUUGCAAGAAGGCAAACUGCCAUAUCAUUUUUGGAAGGCAACUUUUCAUUAUGCACUGUACUUUAAAAUCACCUGUACUUUUUGGUCCAGUUGAUUGACUAGUCUGUGCUACAGAAUAACCAGAGAUGCAUAGAAAGAUUGGUGCCAACUGGCUGGGGAUGUAGCUCAGUUGGUAACAUGAAGAAAACCCUGGGUUCGAGUCCCUAGCACCACAUACACUGGGCAUGAUGAUACAUACUGUAGUCCUAGAACUCCAGAAGUACAGGCAAAAGGAUCAGAAGUUCAAGGCCAUCCUCUGCUACACAGUUGAGUUUGAGGUUAGUCAGGAAUACAUAAGACUCUGUCUCAUAAAAAGAAAAAAGAAAGAAAAGAUUCCUAAAGAGCUGAUGGUACACCCCUGUGAUUCCAAAACUUGGGAGGCUGAAGCAGAAGGAUAGUGGCUUUGAGACCAGCCUGAGCUACACAGCAAGACCCUGUACCAAACAAACACUGGUGCCUGAAGGUGUUCCCUGAAACCAGCUGUUUGUAACAAUGAAAACUGAAAAUAAGAUAAAUUCCUGAUAAUUAAAAUUUGGAGCUCUGCCAAUAUUAAAAGUCACAUGGUCAAAGAACAUGAAUUGAGCAGUUCAUGAAAAAAUGCAUGAUUAAUUCCAGCUGCGAAUAACAGGACCAGGUAGUUUCUCUAGUAGUUUCGUAAAAGACUAAUCAGAAUUGCCACAGCACCUAGUAACACCAUCCAUGUUUUACAUGAGAUGAAAUGAAGACAUAUCCACACAGAAACUUGUAUAUGAAUGUUCACGGCAGCCUUACUAAUAAUAUCCAGAAUGUCCAAGAGCUACCAGUGGAUAAGCACAACUGGCAUAUCCACAUAAUGAAACACUAAUAAUAUGGUAAUAAAAGGAAUAAAUUUGGGGUGAUGUUAUAAAAUUGAUUAUGGUUAUGGUUGUACAACUGUUCCUAUGAUGAAAGUAAUUGAGGCAAAUGCAACACUUUGAA